AUGAGCCAAUUCCCAGCAUCAACCGUGGUCAACGGAGCAGACCUAGAGAGCAAUAAUCCGCAUGUGGUGGACUUCGACGGCCCAGACGACAAGGACAUCCCACUCAAUUGGCCUCUGCCGCGGAAGAUCUGGGUAACUUCGGCCGUGGCCAUCCUGAACCUGAUUGGAACGGUAGCCAGCAGCAUCUUUGGAACUGGAAGCGAGGAGUUCAGUCGGGAAUUUCGAAUCAGCCAUGAGGUUGCUGUGUUGGGGACGACGCUGUUUCUCGCGGGCUACAUCUUCGGCUUUCUUGCCUUUGGUCCCCUCUCCGAGCGCUUCGGUCGCAAAUGGCCCAUGUUGCUAGGAAUCACCAUCUCCUCGCUUUUCGACAUAAUGUCUGAGGCAGGCGAGAACGUCGCAACCGUACUUAUCGGCCGCUUCUUCGGCGGUCUCUUUGGAGUAGCGCCAGUCGCUAUCUUUGGAGGUAUUGUAAGCGAUUGCUGGCCUAUCUCCCAACGUGGGAAUGCCAUGGCGCUGGCUGUGUCGCUGGUAUUCUCCGGCCCUACUUUCGGCCCGGUGUUGGGAGGGCUCAUUAUGGGUUCGGGGUCGCCGGUGCUCAACUGGAGGUGGACUAUGUGGAUGGUUGUUAUCGUAGGACUUGGUGCUUCGGUGCUCUGUGUUUUCGUCUUUCCGGAGACGUUUCCGCCUGUAAUUCUGAGGAAGAGGGCAAGGGCCUUGCGUAGGAAGACUGGGAAUGCGAAUUUCACGACGGCGUCGGACAAGGAUGGUCUUAAUAUACGGGACAUUGCUAGGUUUUACCUCAUUCGACCCUUUUGGCUAUUCACUACGCAACCUAUCCUCGCUCUCCUAACACUAUACCAGUCCUUCGUAUACGGAGUUCUCUUUCUCUUCUACCAGACCUAUCCCGUCGCCUUCGGUGAAGACCGCAGCUGGCCCACGAGCCUAAAAUACGUGCCUCUCCUCGCACUUAUCGUAGGCGUCUUCGCCGGCUCCCUGGGCAUCAUCAUCACCAAUCAAAUCUACACCCGUCACCACAGCCACACCCCUGAUGGCGUCUACAUCCCCGAAAGCCGUCUUCCACCCAUGAUCGUCGGCGGGGUUAUGGUCCCCAUUGGGAUGUUCUGGUUCGCCUGGACAGCUUCGUCCAUAUUUAUAUCUUGGGCCAGCCCCGUUUGCGCGAGUUUCCUAACCGGCUGCGGCAUGUACUUGCUGUUCAUCCAGGGGUUUAACUAUAUUAUCGACUGCUACACUAGCAUGGCCAACAGUGCGAUGGGCGUGAAUGGCUCGAUGAGGAGUAUUUUUGGGGCCGCUUUCCCGCUCUUCGCCAACCAGGUGAUUGAAAGGCUCGGUGUCGCGAAAACAACUAGUAUACUUGGAUGCGUUUGUGUAGCAUUAGUUCCUGUCCCAAUUUGCUUUUGGUUCUGGGGGGAGAGGAUACGGGCUUGGUCGUCAGCGAAGGUCUAG